GGCCUGAAUCCAGAUGCACACACACACAUACACCAAGACAUGGAGUGGAGACUCUUCAGAAAUGGCUGGAAGAGACGCAGCUUGGCUCAGGAUCGAGUUCCAAACAGGUGUCACAUUAAAACCGGAUUCAUUCUGCUGCUAGCAUUGACGUUCCUAUUGUCCAUCAUUGUUUACAUCUCUGAUUUCUCUCUCAAGUCCGCUGCUGCUCCUGACACCCUGUAUGAAACCGUGGUAAAUCAGAUACCCUCCUAUUACGUAACUGAGUCCGCUUCUUCUAUUGACAAUCAAACUAUGUUUUCAGCACCCACUCCCAUAAAUAAUCAACAAGGAGCCACUCAAAACACUUCAGAGCAUCAUCACGUGGCUCAUCCACUCAACUAUUAUUUCACGCUGGAUGAACCUGAUAUAUGUAAACAGAGAAAUCCGUUCCUGGUCUUGAUGGUUCCUGUUGCUCCCUAUGAGGUAAAGGCUCGAAAUGCCAUCCGGAGCACAUGGGGGAAUGAAACGACAGUCCAGGGGAAAGCAGUGUUGACUUUGUUUUUGGUGGGUUUGACUGUGGGAGCAGACUCUGAAAAAGCUCAACAGCAGCUGGAGGAAGAGAGCCGACAACACAGAGACUUAAUCCAGAGCAACUUUGUGGACUCCUACUUCAACCUGACCAUAAAGACCAUGGUGAUCAUGGACUGGUUGGCCACUCGAUGCCCUCAAGCGAAUUACAGUAUGAAGAUUGAUUCAGACAUGUUCUUAAAUGUUAAUAACCUGGUGACUCUUCUAUCGGCUCCCAAUACACCCAGAGAAAACUACAUAACUGGAGUGUUAAUGCGUAACCGAUUUGUUGUCAGGAACAAAAACUCAAAAUGGUACGUCUCAGAGGAGCUUUACCCCGAACCAAAAUACCCUACAUAUCUGCUGGGAAUGGGAUAUGUUUUCUCUAAUGACCUGCCAUCAAAAAUAGUGGAGGCUUCCAAUUAUGUAAAGCCAUUUAACAUAGAAGACGCAUAUAUUGGAGCUUGUUUGAAACAGUUGGGCGUUGAGCCUUCAUCUCCACCAGAACCUUCUCAGUUCAGGAUCUAUAUGGGGCAAUAUAAACGGGAGAAUUUUCUCAGGGCCAUUACGACAAUCCUCGGAUCCCCACAGCAGCUAAUAGAGAUUUGGAAUGAUGUAAACAAGCCUAUGUAACGCCCAUGAGUUGGCUGUGUG